AUGCCGACGCUGCUCGUUCUCGUUCUGCUGCUGCUAGGCGCGCAACGGGCCCGCGUUGUUCGGGGGCAGAACGGCGCUUUUCAAAUCCGUGGAUUGGUGGACGAGAGUCCGGGUCGCAUGCUGGAGCGGCAUCAGUACGAGCAGGAGGAGGCGGCCGUGCUACAGUCGGCAUCCUCGUUACAAACAGGCCGCGAAAUUCGGCGAGAAGAGCAUCAUGAGCAGAGAGUGUUCGAGGCGGGGCAGGGCUCGUGCGGCUUCCCCGACACGCGCGCGGAUGCGGACGAGUGCAUGGCGGACCUGGCGAAGUUCCCCGCGCUGAGCGCGCGCAGUGGUUCCGUCAGCGCGCGGAAGCUGGCGUGUCUGGCGCACAACUACCUGCGCCCGUGGAUGGGCAUUCCGGGCGUCACCGCGGGCAUGGGCGCGCGGGGCAUGAUCAAUCCCGCGAUGCUGCAGCAAAUGGGCACGAUGGCGAACGUGCUGUCGUGCGCGGGGCACGUGCGCAUCGUUCGCGGGAAGAUAUUCUUCAGAUUCGGCAACUUCGAGUUCGACUGGUACCGCCUCAGGCGAUUCGUCUUCUCCGUGAAACUAAUCCAGGAUGCGAUACGCGAGUACAAGCUACACAACCUGAACGCGGAAUUCUUCCUUAAUACAUGCGACAUGUACAUUAGCAAAGCCAGCAGUGUUGCGAAGCCACUAGCUGGGCUUCCCAUUUUCAGCGUGCAUGGCGCGCCGGGCAGCAUCGACAUUCUUUAUCCUGACCCAGUCGACCUCAGCAGCAACUAUUUCCGGGAAGCGGAAAAUGAGACCCCGUGGGAGCAGAAGGAGAGUCGAGCUGUGUUCCGAGGCGGCAUGACCAAUUACAAGGUCAUCUACCCCAAGCACUGGCGUGGCAGCCCUCGAUUCCGCGUGCACAGGAUGUCGGACGUUCGGCCGGACCUGCUGGAUGCCAGGGUAGUGGGAGGAGUGGACCCUGAAUACCGUGCAGGACUCCGCCAAGACUCCAUUUCAUUUGGUAAACGCCUGGGCCCAGCAGACCUGCAGAGCUACAAGUAUGAACUGGACGUGGACGGUGGCACAGGCAGCGGGCGCAUGUGCGGCGUGCUGUCGAGCAGUCAGAUGCUGAUCAAGCAGGCGAGCGAGUACACGCAGUUCUUCGACCCACUCAUGUGCCCGUACCGGCACUUCCUGCCCACGCACCGGUUCUUCUCCGACCUGUUCGGGCAGAUUGAGUGGGCGAGGCAGAAUGAUGGCGAGGCGAGGAGGAUUGUUCGGCAAGCGAAUGAGCUUGCAAGUGACGUAUGCACAUUUGACGGCCGGCGACUCUAUUGGGCCAUCCUUCUAGCCAAGUACUCCGUAUCUGCACUAGAGGACAACCGCAACAUCACGCAACCACCACUGUUCACAUGCACUGCGCCGCCCACCCAAGGAGAUGUGGAUGGCCCAAAGAGCCAGACGAGGAAGCCGCCCCCCAGAUGGCCGCCCAGAUGUGACGGUGUGGAUGCGAAGAGCCAGCCACCUUGUACUCACUACUGCAUAGGGCUUCUGGAGGACGAGAGCAAGUGGAAGUGGUUAAGUGUAGAUGCGCUUGAUGGUAUUGAGGUGUACAAACCUCGCAACAAGCACAUCAAGUUCCAGGAUAUGUGA